AUGAACAAUAACAGAAACGCUAUGGUGUCUGGUAAGAUCCAGGACCAACUCCUAGAGGAGCAGAAGCAAGAAAUAUAUGAAGCAUUUACUUUGUUUGAUAUGGAUAAUGAUGGAUAUUUGGAUUUCCAUGAGGUGAAAGUUGCCAUGAAGGCACUUGGCUUUGAUCUACCGAAGGCUGAAAUAUUGGAUUUGAUUGAUCAAUAUGACAACGAUGGGCGCAGAAAGAUGGAAUAUAAUGAUUUUUAUGUUGUUGUUGGACAAAUGAUUUUGAAUAGAGAUCCACUCGAUGAAAUCAAAAGAGCCUUUAAGCUGUUUGAUGAUGAUAAUACCGGCAGAAUCAGCUUGAAAAAUUUAAGGCGAGUCGCAAAGGAGCUUGGAGAGACAAUGACUGACGACGAAUUGAGAGCCAUGAUAGAUGAAUUUGACUUGGAUGGGGAUGGAGAAAUUAAUGAGCAAGAAUUCAUUGAUAUAUGUACAGACAAUUAA